CAAGCGCAAGCAAACAUAGCCAAAAGGGCAUUAUGCAAUAGAGUAGUCGUUAUACAGUCCAAGGUCAGAAACACGAGUAAAUCAAUUAACAAACAUGGAACGCUGGCAACACAGAGAAAUACAAAGAACAAACCACGCAACAUACAAUUACGAGAACGCAACAAGUAACAAGAAUACACAGACUAUAUACACCAUAUAUAACUAGGGACAAGUGAAAACAAUCAAGGCGGGGCAGACAAUGAAGGGCAGGGGCGUGAGGAGUCAUACACGAGGAAACAAAGGGUGUGGUCAGAUCCUGCAGCAUGGCUUUGUGAUUUUGUCACUCGGACUUCUGUUUUCCUGGGUGCUGUGGUCAUACACUUGUGGAGACAGGAAAGGUGACAGGCCUCUUCCCAGGCCCCUCCUGCAGCUGCACAUGCCCAGGUCCGAUGGACUCACUAACCAAACACCAAAGGUCAACAACCCAAAGGUCUCCCCAGCCUCCGCCAUAAAGGACCCAGGCUUCAGUGCGGACGAGUGGGACCGGAUGCUGAAGCUGGUCCACUGGGGCGGACCGGACCGCCAGAUUACCACCGCAAACACGAGCACCAGUCCGGACCACUCAGCCUUCGUUAUUAAUGACCUCAAGGGCAGUUACUAUGUGGGGGAGGAGCUCCACGUCACCAUCGUUGCCAAGGACUUUACCAAAACUCCAAAAAGCUACGGAGGGGAUUUCUUCCAGGCAAAGGUUUAUUCAGACAAAAAGGCCAGUGUGUUUGGAGAGUUGCUGGACCACCAGAACGGUACAUACUCGGCCCGGUUCACCCUGCCGUGGGCCGGCCUGGCGUCAGUGGCGGUCCGCCUGAUUCACUCCAGCGAGGCCGUGCAGGUCCUCAGGCGGCACCGGAGCACGUACCCUGACUCUGUCUACUUCUAUGGCUUCUACGUGGGCAAUAACCCACAGGGUGCUCGAGUGGAGGAAAGGGUGGUGUGCAACAUCAAGUGGGAGGGGGUGGUACUGAAGUCGGCCCAGGAGGACUGCUGCUGUGAGUACCAGAAUGCCCAUAUCGGGCUGACGUGGCAGUGCCGCAAACCCCAAACUCUGCCAUGCAGCGCCCUGGUGUACCACUCCAUGGGUGGCUACACCAAUCACAUGACAGCCCUCGAGAAGGUACUCAUGGACAGUCAACAUGUGAACCGGUGGCUCAAGGGGGAUUCACGCCUGAUUAGAGUCAUGGCCUCCAAUGCGACCAUUGGGUCAAGAGAGUCGUGUAAACCUGGGCUGCCCACACCAAUACCAUCAGGGUUCUACAUGAACAACGUCUGGACGUCGUUUGUGUGUGCCGCCCGUCAUUUUGCAGAGGAUGACACGACCCAGUGUCUGAAGGACAAGCACAUCUACAUUAUGGGAGACUCCACCAGCAGACAGUGGUUUGACUACCUCAUCCAGGCCGUGCCUACUCUGAAGCGUAUGAACCUCCACUCCGAGAACCAGGUGGGGCCCCUGAUGGCCGUGGACGUGCAGAACAACAUCGACCUGCACUACCGCUCGCACGGACUCCCUCUGCGCUGCCUCAAGGCCCCGGUGGUGUCGCUGCACUACAUGAGCAACGAGAUCGAUGACAUGGCCGGCGGCCCGCACACCGUCAUCAUCUUCAACAUGUGGGCGCACUUCACCAGUUUCCCGCUCUCCUACUACGCCAACCGGGUGUCGCAGGUCCGCCGUGCGGUCGUGGCGCUGCUGAGGCGGGCGCCGGAGACCAAGGUCAUCAUCAAGUCCGCCAACACGGGGUACAAGGAUAUCUAUGGCAGUGAUUGGUUCUCAAUGCAGCUGGAUCGAAUCCUGCGAGAAGCGUUCCGCGGCGUGGGAGUUUACAUCCUGGACGUGUGGCAGAUGACCGCCUGUCACUACAACACAGAGGACAUCCAUCCUGCCCCAAUGAUCAUUAAAAACGAAAUUGACAUACUUCUCUCCUUUAUCUGCCCCAAGUAAGGAUACUGCCCUUCCUCUUACCCCCACUUCUGCCCCCUGAUUCCAAUUUGUCUCUCUGGUCCACUCAGCAGUCCCGUCUCCAAAACACCCGACACACAGCCGGACAUAGGAGCAUGCAGGCCGAGGUACCACUACAGUACUCCAGGCCUGUGACACCCUGACGUAAAACACAAAGACCACGAGAGACUACAACUCUGAACCCAGUGAGCCAUAAAUGCCUGUCAAUCACAACACAACAGCCUGAACUACAGUGUCCUCCACAAUUAUUGGAACCCUUUAGUAAA